AUGAAAAAUGAAAACGGAGGAGGCAAAAAAUUCCAACUUUCAGCCUUUCAAUUCGGAGAAAGAAAAAAUGUCAGAUUUUACUUUUCUAGGGUUCUGGGUCAGAUCGUAGUUUGGUCUGGACAAGAUAUUGUUAAUGUUGAUUCGGAUGCUUUAGCUUUAUCUGAUGAUCAUAUCAACCCCAAUUCAAUUGUCUCCGGUGACCAGCUUCCUAUGAUGUUGACUUUUAGUCAAGAACAAUCAGAGGACUUAUCUGCAAGUUUAGGUACUCCUUCUUCCAAACGUGACCGGAUUUUGGCUAUCGAGUCCGGAGCUGAAUCUUCUACCACAAAGAAACAUUGUACUAGAAUUGAUNAUAUUGAUUCAUGCAAUGACGUCUCUAAAGUUGCUAUGGUUGCAUCCAAUGGGGAUUCUCCGAAGAAGAACGAUUCGAAUGUAGAUUUAUCUAAGCGGAUUGAUGGUUCUGAUGAUGGUAUCCAGGACUUUGAUUGUGUUAUCACUGGUGGGAAGUCUCCUUCGAAUGAGGCAGUUGGUGAAAAUAAACCGAAAUUGACUGGAGGAUUGCUUCAAAUGAAGAUCGAGAAACCUUAA